AUGUCGGAAGUCGUGUAUGAAGAGACAGCCACGAUGAUUGCCGCAGGGGAAUUGCAGUCAUUUGUCCCGUUUGGCCGCGAGCACUGCAGGAACCAUCCAAACGCCUUCAACCUGCAACUCAGAGAGCUUCAGCCUGCCUCCGAGCUCUGGGCGUCAGAUGGUGCUGCUGGCCUGGUGGGGUCCCUGCAGGAAGUCAGUCUGCAGGAGAGAGAGAGGGAAUUUUGGCAGCUGAGGAAGGGCUGCAAGGGAGUCAAAGAGGAGAAUGUAGAAUUUGAAGAAGAACUCUAUGCAGCGGGAAACGUGGUUGUCUGGAGCCAGGGCAGUCGGGCACAAGCCUCCAGUGUAUAUAAGGCCUUCACGGUUGACAGCCCAGUGCAGCAGGCCUUAUGGUGUAACUUUGGUGUUCCUCACAACAAGAAAGACGAGGAAGAAGUGGAGCACACAGUGUGUAUUGUCCAAAGUAGCUGUGUUAACGUUCACACUGUGACUGGAAAAGACUUCAUCUCACCACUGCCUUUCCAGGUCUCAAACGUAUGGGCAACAAAGUUUGGACUUCUUAUGGAACGGAAAAACACAGCGAAUGAUGCACAGCUCAGUCCCCCUGGGGAACCUCUGCCCACAGUGUUCAGCAUGCUGCAUCCUCUAGAUGAAAUUGCACCAGUUGUAUGUAAACCUGCAGGCCAGUUUGAAGGCUCCCGUGUGCAGUAUGUGUCUGACUCCACCAUGAAGCUAGUGUUUACCUGCUGUCAGCCCUCUAUAGUUGUAUCAUAUGACACUGUACAAGGAAUACACUCUGUCUGGGCCCUGCGCAAAGUCACGCAUGAUGAGCGUUCUACAGUCCUGCGGUGUCCGGCAGAACCAGUCGGCACGCCAUUGAGUCUGAUGGCUUCAGGCUUUCUAACUUCUCAUUUGCGGAAUAUCUCCCGUCUUGACUCCCCUGGUGGCAGUGGGGCAACUGGGCAUGGUCUUGGAACUGGAACAAGUGGUAUUGGUUCCAGCUCUCCUCUCCACUAUAGUGCUCUGCAUAGCCACCAGAGCAGAAUCGUCACAUCCUCACCAGGAAUUCACUCUCGAGUUCAUUCCCCGAGUAUAUCCAACAUGGCUGCCCUUAGCCGUGCCCACUCUCCUGGCAUGGCAGCUCCAUCCUUUUCAGGUGUGGCUCGUUUCAACACAUCUUUGCACAGCCCGUCCCCUAGGGGGCACCAUGGCUUGUUAGCCUCUCCCAACAGCACUGUCAAUGAGACAGUGCUGGUCCCAGAGAUGGAACCCAUCAUACCUGACCUCUGCAUGGAGCAGCUGUGGAGUGAGGCAGUCACUGCUGGCUUUCACAGGGAAAUGAGCAGCCAGGCAUCUAAAGUAUUCCUGACCUCUGAUCUCUGUGAGAAUCACUAUUUGUGUUUCCUUGUGGAGUCUCACCAACAGCUCAGGUGUGUGAAGUUUAUUGAGAACAAUGAUACCUCUCAGCUCAUCUUCCCCUCUGUCACAACCAUUCCUGCCAAAGAUGCAGAGCCUCUGCAGAAUAUAGAUGCUAUGCUGGUUCUGGAGGCCUGUGGUAGUUUGGUUCUCUACACGGGAAUCACCAGGGUCAGCAAGGUAUUUGUGCCUGGACUCUUGUCACCCUCCUUCAGCCUGACCAACCACCUCCCUCACCGCAGCACUCCAGUAGAGACUGUCAGUACACCAGCUAAUGCUGGCAGUAGGCAUCUCCAGAGACUGGACGAGGAUGCCAUGCCUUCACCAGUGACAGGGCUGAGGGGUCCAAACAUUAAACACCAUGAAGCUUCUUUUUUGGAGGACUACGCAUUUCCACAAGCGACACCCUACAUUCAUGCCUUGCGCGAUCCUGUCUGCAAUCGGGUCACUCUGGAACUAAGCAGUGGCAUGAUGCUGAGGAUUUCUGUCCCAGAGAUUGCUACUUCAGAGCUGGUGAGGAAGUGCCUUGAGGCAAUUCGCGUCAUCCUGCCUAAGGAAGCUGCCAUGAAGGUUUUGGUGAAAUGGUAUAACAUCUACAAUGCCCCUGGCGGUCCCAGUGCCCACGCAGAGUGGAGCCUGUUUGUCACCUGCUUCAUGACUCUGAUGGGCUACAACACCGAGCGCCUGACCUGGACACGAAAUCUGCAUUUUGAAGUGCCACUCUCUCCAGUGAUUGCAGCCAAGAAGGCUCGUCCCUCUGAUGGAGGUUCUGAUGAGGACUGGGACUAUUUGAUGGGGUCCCAUUACCACCGUCAGAUGAAUUUCCAGCCUGUUGAUUCCAGUGGCAUCAAUAGUACACUCGCUUCAGAAACCGAGGGCCUGUCCUCUGCUUCUUCUCCCCCCAGUCCAUCUCUGAAGUUGGACAGUUCAGCUCCACUGUUCCCUCACAUCCCUGCCCUUUUCUAUGUUCUCCAUCUGCUCUAUCAGGAACUGCAGCUGGAUGAGCUGCAGAGAGCACGAGCCUCAUCACUAGUCUGUCUGCUGCAACAACUGGCUAGAGAUCUUCAGUUGGAAGAGUAUGUGGACCUGUACUGGAGAGACUACCCUUCAAUAAUUAGUGGCUUCACUGAGAGCUGCUUCAUAGACCAAGCACUGAUUGCUCAGAUGCAGCGUCCGUCUUUCCUGAGAUCAGAGCCUCCCUGUGUGUUCAGCUGGCUCAGUCGCUGCUUGAGAGGAGAGGAGAACCCACCUUUCCCAUACCUGCCUGGUAUCUGUCAGAGGACCAGACUGCUGGUUCUGAGUUAUGCUCUCUAUGUCAUUGGAGAUGAAAACGCUACUUCGACAGAUGUAUCAAAGUACCUGGCCAAGCUUUCUGCAGGCCAGAAGUCAUGUGCCACUGAACCCCAAAUAAGAAGGCAGAGCAGUGUUAAAGUGAAGUUUUCCAGUGAGAAUCUGGCUGAGCAGCUGGUGGUCUGGCUCACCUCACAGGGUUUCACCCUGAAGGACUUGGAGUCAGUCCCCUUUGGUGUGGCUUUGCCUAUUAGAGAGGCCAUCUAUCGGUGCCGGGAGCAGCCAUGUUCUGAUUGGUCUGAGGAGGUCUGUUUACUGAUUGGACGACAGGACCUCACUAAACAAGCCCACAAAAUGACUCUUGCCAAGAGCAAACCUUCUGUAGGUUCAGGUUUGUCCUUGGAACCUCCUGCAACUACAGAAGCAGAUGAGGAAGAAGAUGGCAUGUCAGACAUUAUUCAAGAGGUCACAGGACUGAUCUGGAGUCAGGAUCUGAGGGUCCAGGAGGUCAGGAGGCUUCUGCAGAGUUCCAGGCCUGUCCGGGUUAGUGUUGUCCAACUACCAGAGGUGUCUGACCAUGAAUACAUUGAGGAGAAAGAGAACAAACUCCUGCAGCUGUGUCAGAGGACCAUGGCCCUGCCAGUUGGCAGAGGCCUCUUCACUCUCUUCUCCUAUCACCCUGUACCGACUGAACCUUUACCUGUCCCAAAACUCAACCUCACAGGCCGCGCCCCUCCAAGGAAUACUGUGGUAGAUCUGAACAGUGGAAACAUUGAUGUUCCUCCCAACAUGACCAGCUGGCCCAGUUUUCAUAAUGGAGUAGCUGCUGGACUUAAAAUAGCCCCUGCCUCACAGGUGGACUCAGCCUGGAUUGCCUACAACAAGCCAAAGAGCCCUGAGCUGGCUAAUGAGUAUGCAGGCUUCCUUAUGGCCUUGGGACUCAAUGGACACCUCACCAAGCUGGCCACGCUCAACAUACAUGACUACCUCACUAAGGGCCAUGAAAUGACCAGCAUUGGGCUUCUCUUGGGCGUGUCUUCAGCCAAACUGGGCACCAUGGACAUGUCGAUUACGCGCCUGCUCAGUAUACACAUUCCUGCUCUUCUCCCACCCACUUCCACUGAGCUGGACGUCCCCCACAAUGUUCAGGUUGCAGCUGUAAUUGGCAUUGGGCUGGUUUACCAAGGAACAGGCCACAGACACAAUGCUGAAGUCUUGCUGUCUGAGAUAGGUCGACCCCCUGGACCAGAGAUGGAAUACUGUACAGACAGAGAGUCCUAUUCACUAGCAGCUGGACUUGCUCUGGGUAUGGUCUGUCUGGGGCAUGGCAGCAACCUGAUUGGGAUGACAGACUUGAAUGUGCCUGAGCAGCUGUAUCAGUACAUGGUUGGGGGCCAUCGCAGAGCUCAGGCCGGGGCCAACCGGGAGAGGCACAAAUCCCCCAGCUACCAAAUCAAGGAGGGUGACACUAUAAAUGUAGAUGUGACAUGUCCGGGGGCCACGUUAGCCCUCGCUAUGAUCUACCUCAAGACCAACAACAGGUCGAUUGCUGAUUGGCUGAAACCUCCAGAUACUUUGUUCCUCCUGGACUUCAUUAAGCCAGAGUUUCUGCUGCUGAGGACUCUGGCUCGGUGUAUUAUCAUGUGGGAUGAAAUCCUUCCUAAUACUAACUGGGUCAAGAGUAACAUCCCCCAGAUCAUGAGGGGGACUUUUGACCCUUCAGAGGACAUUAACAUGGAGACAAUGGCCCAAGCCCAAGACUACAUUACAGCUGGGGCCUGUUUGGCACUUGGCUUACGCUUUGCCGGCUCUGCGAACUCUGAUGCUUUUGACUGCCUCUUUAACUUGGCCAGGACCCAGAUGACAAUCAUCUCCGUUGCUGGUACAGCUGCUGUGGGUGCUCACACAUUUUACAACCUGCAGACCUGUCUGUCAAUGAUUCUGUUGGCUAUGUCCAUGGUGAUGUCCGGAACAGGAAACCUGAAGGUUCUGCAGAUUUGUCGUUUCUUCCACAAGCGGACUGGUGGUGAGAUGAACUAUGGAUUCCACAUGGCUCAUCACAUGGCACUAGGUCUGCUCUUUCUGGGAGGGGGCAGGUACACCCUGAGUACCUCCAAUUCAGCCAUUGCUGCUUUGCUGUGUGCCCUGUACCCACACUUCCCUGCUCACAGCACUGACAACCGUUACCACCUGCAGGCCCUGCGGCACCUGGCUGUGCUGGCUGCAGAGCCUCGACUGCUUGUCCCUGUGGAUGUGGACUCCCUGAAGCCUUGCUAUGCCCUUUUAGAGGUCACUUACAAGGAGACUAAGUGGUAUGAUGAGACAACAGUAGAACUGAUGGCCCCGACCUUGCUUCCUGAGCUGCACCUUCUUAACGGGUAA